GACGCGCCCUCUUUCAACGGGGGACAACGGCUCAGAAGGAUAUGGCGCCUAGCUCGAAAUCUGAAAAGGACGAUAGCAAACAUAAAACGCAAAGAAAACACAAGGACAAUGUCGUGAAGCUUCUAAUGCGUGGGAAGCUGUCAGGACAGUUUUCUCAGCGCCUGUUCAGGAAGCUGCCGCCUCGAGUUUGUGUCCCAUUGAAGAACAUUGUCAGCGAGGAGUUCCUCAGAGCGGGGCACAUCUUCCUUGGCUUCACCAAAUGUGGCCGCUACGUUCUGUCAUACACCAGUGACUGCGGGGAAGACGACGAUUUCUCUUUUUACACCUAUCAUCUCUACUGGUGGGAGUUCAACCUGCACAGUCGACUCAAACAGGUCCAUCACGUGCGGCUGUUUGCGGGGGAGGAAAUUUACAGCGACCUGUACCUCACUGUGUGCGAAUGGCCAAACGACCACUCCAAAAUCGUCAUCUUUGGUUUCAAUACACGCAGUUCCAGCUCCGUGUUGAUGAACCUGAUGAUGAGCGAUGAGAAUAACAGGGAUAUCUACAUCACCAUCGCCUCCAUGCCUCCGUCCCGGCCUUGCUCCAAGUGCUGUCCCGUUCCUUCAGCCACAACCAUACGGACAGCCAAACCGAUCCCUCUGUCUCCCAUAGGCAGCGGGGAGUGUCUGGAGCACGGAUACGUGCUGAACAGCAGGUACCAGGUGGUGUACCCGUUUCCCACCUUUCAGCCGGCUUUCCAGCUGAAGAAGGACCAGGUCAUCCUGUUGAACACCAGCUACUCUCUGGUGGCCUGCGGCAUCUCGCUCUGCCCAGAAAAGCAAGGCCGGUCGUCACAGAUCCUUUACACAAAGGGAGCAGCCCAGUCAACUCAAACCGCGUCGCCUCCUGCCUCAACGUCAGCGGAGGCUUCACCGUUAACCCAGGGCUCUCCAGAGAAUCGACAUUUUCCUUGCAGGCCCCCUCCGGUCCCCUCAUCGCCUAGCCAUUCGCAGGCAGCCAUGAGAGCUCGGGAGUUUGCAGCCGACCUUUUCAGGCGAGCCCAGGGAGGAGGAGGAGGAGGAGGAGGAGCAGGGCAAGGGGAGAGGAGGACAGCUGAUGGUGACGAAAAGGAGGCAGCGCAUAAACCAGGAGAAAAAGGGAUUCAUGUAGACACUUCCAGAGUGCAGGAGGAAUGUAAAGAGAAGAGGGCGGAGGAUAGACGGACUAGUUCCCAGCUGGCAUCGACGUCAUGCGGGAGCCCUAAUUUCACGUUUUCUCCUGCCUCCUCUCCACCGUCGCUCCCAUCCACCUCAUGCCAGGAUCCUGGCCCCAGCGAGCCCGGAUACGUUAACUACUCCCGCCUGCACUACCGCCUUCAACAGCAGGGGGCAGCAGAGCAGAGUUCAGGAGACGCUGCAGGUUAUGAGGAUGAUAAAGUCCAGCUGCCUUUCACCGUCACGGAUCUAAAGGGAAGAAACCUGCAGCUGGUCACCGGGCCACACGAUGGCCAGAGCGUUUGUGUCGAGCAGCUGACUCUGGAUUUUGAGUAUCUCAUCAAUGAAGUCAUCAGGAACGACGCUGCCUGGGCUCCCCAGUUCUGCUCCUUCAGCGAUUAUGACGUUGUGAUCCUAGAGGUGUGCCCAGAGACCAACACUGUGAUGAUCAACAUCGGUCUGCUGUUGUUGGCCUUCUCUGUCUCAGACGAGGAGCACUGCAGGCCAAACACAUACCAUUCCAACCUGCAGGUCAGCUGGGACCUGAACACAGGUGUGUGCUGCACUGUGGGCGUGGGUGACCUGUCAGAGGUUAAGGGCCAGACCAGCGGGAGUGUGUGGAGCUCCUACAGAAAGUCCUGCGUGAACACCGUGAUGAAGUGGUUGGUUCCUGAGAGCAGCUCCCGCUACAUCAACCGCAUGACCAACGACGCUCUGCACAAAGGCUCCUCCCUGCAGGUGUUGGCAGACAGCGACCGAUGCACCUGGAUUGUACUGUGAAGAGAAAUGUGGAUGAAACACGGUGGUCCACGAGUGUCCGAGUUAAACAUUCACCCAUGAAGACAUGUCCUCGUCCUCAGCGCAGCGCUCCAGCCAGAGCAGAGCAGUGCUGUCCACAUCGGAGGUUUUAGGAUGAACGUGUCAUUAAAACUAACUAAACAAAAGCAUGUCUGUGGCAGAUUUUAUUGUGUAUAGAUUUCUAGUUAUUUUGUAAAUCUUUACUGUAAUAUUACAGGCACCAAAACUUAGAGCUGGACUGAACAAAGAUGUUUUUUGUUUUGUUUUGUUUUUUACACAGGAAGGUAUGAUGUUCAUGUGUGACAGACUCCAGCUUUGGUAUGACUCGGUGUGUGUGUGUGUGUGUGUGUGAAUGAUUUUUUUUUUUGUCUGUAAAAUUAAACGCAUUCUGCUGCUUUUAUACAAGUCUUUCCUCCCUGCCUGGAUCGGUUCAGUCCACUUCUGUGGAUUUAUGGGGCUGCGGUAUUUUAAAUGAGAACCAGCUCCGUACCGUUUUCCUUUCUUUAUGUUGGCCAUUAUCAUGUUGUUGGCCAACAGGGUUAGAAAACACCGCCUGACUGGGAAGAUUUUGUUGAAUUAAAAUGCCUGAUUUUAACGUUA